UCUCUCUCUCUCUCUCUCUCUCCUGCACUCCCUCUUUAACCCUUGUGGACGGGGUUCUAAUAUUCCCUGCUGACUCUCCUCUGGAAGGAUGGCUCCUCAUGGCUCUCCAAGGAUCUUCCUCCUCCUACUUACCUUCCUGGGGUCACUGCUGGCUGCUGUGCGAUCAGAGACCCCAGCAGGCCACGCCCCCACACCUCAGAGUGACAGCCUGGACACUUCCUCAGGGGGAGGGGCCUAUGACAUCACCACAAGGGGCACGUUCCAUGAGCUGACACACGCUCCCUUCACUGUGGAGUACGAGGACACCACCCACUCACAGCCAGUGGACAGGGAGACGGUCUUCCAGUGUAAACAGUGGCACCUGCUAUCUUGCUCUCCGUCUCCCCCUGCAGGCUCCCUGGGUCCUGGCGCCAUUGCUGCCAUUGUCAUCGCUGUCAUCCUGGGGGCCUCAGUCCUCAUGGCGUUGAUCGUCAUCACUGUGAAGAAAUUCACAAGCUCGUAGGUAGAGCCAGCACCUCCUCCCCC